AUGAUAAACGACUUAUNGCAGCGUACAAAAGGAAAAGCAAGUUUGAGGAAGCUUGACGAGCAGCCUGAGUGGCUAAGUGGAGGUACUCUACGGGACUAUCAGCUGGAGGGUUUGAAUUUUCUUGUCAACAGCUGGCUUAAUGAUACUAAUGUCAUUUUGGCUGAUGAAAUGGGUCUUGGUAAAACAGUUCAGUCGGUUUCAAUGCUUGGGUUUUUGCAGAAUACCCAACAAAUCCCAGGUCCAUUUCUUGUUGUUGUGCCUUUGUCAACUCUAGCUAACUGGGCUAAAGAAUUUAGAAAGUGGCUUCCUGGCAUGAAUAUAAUAGUAUAUGUUGGCACCCGAGCUAGUCGAGAGGUAUGUCAGCAAUACGAAUUUUACAAUGAAAAGAAAGUAGGCCGUCCCAUAAAGUUCAAUGCACUGUUGACUACUUACGAAGUAGUUCUGAAGGAUAAAGCUUUCCUCUCCAAGAUUAAGUGGAUUUACUUAAUGGUGGAUGAAGCACAUCGACUGAAAAAUAGUGAGGCACAGCUCUACACAGCUCUUUUGGAAUUUAGUACAAAGAACAAAUUGCUAAUUACUGGUACUCCACUACAGAAUAGUGUCGAAGAGCUUUGGGCUCUGCUCCACUUUCUUGAUCCUGGCAAGUUUAAGAAUAAGGAUGAGUUUGUUGAAAACUACAAGAACCUUAGCUCAUUUAAUGAAUCUGAACUCGCCAAUCUUCAUUUAGAAUUGAGACCCCAUAUUCUACGACGAGUGAUUAAAGAUGUUGAGAAGUCGUUGCCUCCAAAAAUCGAACGUAUACUAAGAGUUGAGAUGUCCCCUCUUCAGAAACAGUACUACAAGUGGAUACUGGAGCGAAACUUCCGUGAUUUAAAUAAAGGGGUGCGCGGUAAUCAGGUUUCACUUUUAAACAUCGUGGUGGAGUUGAAGAAAUGCUGCAAUCAUCCUUUCUUAUUUGAGAGUGCAGACCAUGGAUAUGGGGGUGAUAUAAACGAUAACUCUAAGCUGGAUAAAAUUAUUCUAAGCAGCGGAAAGCUAGUUAUCCUAGACAAGCUACUGGUUAGACUGCGUGAGACUAAGCAUCGUGUGCUCAUCUUCUCUCAGAUGGUAAGAAUGUUAGAUAUCCUGGCGGAAUACCUGUCUCUUAGAGGUUUCCAGUUCCAGAGACUAGAUGGUAGUACUAAGGCAGAACUGCGUCAGCAGGCAAUGGAUCAUUUUAACGCACCUGCUAGUGACGACUUUUGCUUUCUUCUUUCGACCCGAGCUGGUGGACUGGGUAUCAAUCUUGCUACUGCUGAUACAGUCGUUAUAUUUGACUCUGAUUGGAAUCCACAGAAUGACCUGCAGGCCAUGAGUCGAGCGCACAGAAUUGGGCAACAAGAGGUCGUGAACAUUUAUAGAUUUGUCACUAGCAAAAGUGUUGAAGAAGAGAUCCUGGAGCGCGCGAAAAGAAAAAUGGUACUUGAUCAUUUGGUUAUUCAAAAAUUGAAUGCUGAGGGUAGGCUGGAGAAGCGAGAAACUAAAAAGGGAAGUAAUUUUGACAAGAACGAGCUUUCUGCAAUAUUGAGAUUUGGAGCGGAAGAACUUUUUAAAGAGGAGAAAAAUGAUGAAGAAAGUAAAAAGCGGNUGUUGAGUAUGGAUAUUGAUGAAAUCCUAGAGAGGGCAGAGCAAGUUGAGGAAAAGGAUACUGGUGAAACAGAACACGAGCUGUUGGGUGCUUUUAAGGUUGCCAACUUUUGCAACGCUGAAGAUGAUGGGUCCUUCUGGAGUCGCUGGAUAAAACCUGAAUCUGUGGUUACAGCCGAAGAAGCUCUUGCACCACGGGCUGCUAGGAGUACAAAGAGUUAUGUGGAUCCUAGCCAUCCUGACAGGACUAGCAGAAGGAAAAAGAAAGGAUCUGAGCCUCCGGAGCAUACAGAGAGAAGUCAGAAGCGCAGAAAAACUGAAUUUUUUGUUCCUUCAACCCCAAUAUUAGAGGGGACUUCAGCUCAAGUGAGAGGCUGGUCUUAUGGAAAUCUUCCUAAGAGAGAUGCGCAGCGAUUUUAUCGAACUGUCAUGAAGUUUGGGAACCAUAACCAAAUUGCAUGUAUUGCAGAAGAGGUGGGUGGUGUUGUUGAAGCAGCCCCGGAGGAAGCACAAGUUGAGCUGUUUGAUGCGUUAAUUGAUGGUUGUAAGGAAUCUGUUGAAUCAGGAAAUUUUGAACCAAAGGGUCCUGUGUUGGAUUUCUUUGGUGUGCCAGUAAAAGCGAACGAACUAUUAAAACGUGUGCAAGGGCUGCAACUCCUAUCGAAGCGCAUUAGUCGAUAUGAUGAUCCAAUUUCACAAUUCCGGGUGUUGUCAUACCUUAAACCUUCAAAUUGGUCCAAGGGUUGCGGUUGGAAUCAGAUUGAUGAUGCGAGAUUGCUUCUGGGAAUACUUUAUCAUGGUUUUGGGAACUGGGAAAAGAUUAGAUUAGAUGAGAGCCUUGGACUUGCAAAGAAGAUUGCUCCUGUUGAACUUCAACACCAUGAGACUUUUCUACCUCGUGCUCCAAACUUAAAGGAGCGUGCCACUGCACUUCUAGAAAUGGAACUGGCUGCAGCUGGAGGGAAAAAUACAAACGCAAAAGCAUCCCGUAAAAAUUCCAAAAAGGUUAAGGAUAAUCUUAUCAAUCAAUUUAAAGCGCCUGCCAGAGACCGAAGAGGAAAAUCGGGUCCUGCCAAUGUAUCAACAAAAGAUGGACCUCAGAAAACCCAAAAAGCUGAGCCGUUGGUAAAGGAAGAAGGAGAGAUGUCUGAUGAUGAGGAAGUUUACGAGCAGUUCAAGGAGCAGAAAUGGAUGGAAUGGUGUGAAGAUGUCUUGGCUGAUGAAAUCAAAACUCUUGGACGUCUACAAAGAUUGCAAAGCACGAGUGCAGAUCUGCCAAAGGAGAAGGUGCUUUUCAAAAUCCGGAGAUAUUUGGAAAUCCUAGGGCGAAGAAUAGAUGAAAUUGUCGUAGAACACGAAGAAGAUGUAUACAAGCAAGAUAGAAUGACAAUGAGAUUGUGGAACUAUGUUUCAACUUUCUCAAAUUUGUCGGGGGAUCGACUCAAUCAGAUAUACUCCAAACUGAAGCAGGAGAAAGAAGAAGAGGAAGGGGUCGGGCCAUCGCACCUAAAUGGCUCAUCUGCUGGCUUUGGUUCUAGGAACUUCCAGAGGCAACAAAAAUACAAAACAGCAGGGAAUUCCCAAGGAUCGCAGCAGGUAUACAAGGGCAUUGACACAGCAAAGUUUGAAGCCUGGAAACGGCGAAGAAGAACAGAAAACGAUGUGCAGUCUGAGCGACCACCGAUAACAAACUCUAACUCCCUGGGAAUACUCGGCCCUGGACCAUUGGAUAGAAGCCAUCGGGCACGUCAAACUGGAUUUCCCCCGAGAUGAGUUUACUCUGUUCUGGUACAAUACAAUAUGCUGUGCAUUUGCCGGUUGGACUCUGGUUUUAUCAUGGAUUUAGAAGUUCAACAUAGAUACGCGGGAGAUUCAUUUUUCAUAUAAAAAAAAGUCGGAAACACAGCAGCGAUGCUCGGUUUUGGUUGCUAAAAUUGGAGAUUGGCAUGCCUGACUAGCUGAUGCUGACGCUGACGGAAUGAUAUAUACCAGGUGGUUUGCUUAGGUAUAAAAUAGUUGUGGAUGCAGUCGAGUUGCUGAACUCCAUUUCCUUAUAUCUAUAUAUAUGUUACCCAUUUGGACUAGAGCAAAUUGUACAUUACCAGUUUUGUUAAUUUUAUUUUACUUAUAAUUUGUGUUUCUUAUGCUUUACAUUGAGAAUACGCCAUAGUUUGUAUA